UUUUCCCUGACUAACAAAAAGCAGGCCAAAUUUUAAUUCUCAGCAGUCCACGGUUUCAUUACAGCUACCCUGAGCUUGUCCAAUGACCACUUUCAACAGAAGAGCCGUGUAAGUCCUUUCAUAUUUAAUGGCUUUUGUACGGGGAUGCUAUUAGUUACAGCAUGCAUACUGUAGUCCAGUUGUAGUAACACAAUGCCUCGGAAUAGGGUGACUAAUGAAUCACAUCAUGUGAUUAUAGUUGCCUUGCUCUGGGACUUAAACAGAGCUUAAUCUUUAGCGUUCAAUUAUCUUUAAACAGCCAUCAAAUGACAAGACAUCACAGAGGAACAACGAGUGGACAUCCUCCUCGUUAGUCCAGACAGAGUCGUCCUUUUGUCGCCCCGGGGACCUAAGGGAAAAAAACAGGGUGGAGAACAGGUCAGGGCGUAUCCGGGGGCCUCGGUCAAGAUAGGGUUUCUUCACCUCCCUGGUCAUGUAUUAUUUAGCCAAGGAGGCCGAGGAUCACCUGGAGAGAGUCACAACACAAGUCACCGAGGGUUUUCGAAGAGGAAGACAAGCGAGGCUGGCAGAGAAUGCAGGAGGUGGUGAAGAAACGGCCGAUAAUAUCCGCAAGAGAAAGAGGCCCGGGCCCCGGACGCUACGCUCUGCCCCCUACAGUCGGAUACAUCAACCAUGACUUCACCAAGCCCAGCAGCCCAGCUUACUCCUUUCACAGUCGACUGAGCAGCGCCAUGGUCUCAGUGGACUCCAGCCCAGGACCUAGGUACCACAUUGAUGCCAAGGUCACCCGUUUUGGGAAGAUGGAAACACCCUCAUACUCCAUUCUGGGCAGAGGAAGGCGCACCGGAACAAAAGGUGAAGUGUUCCAGACUCCUGGGCCGGGGGCCUACAGCCCAGAGAAAGCUCCCCCCGUCAAUGCUCACCACAGACCACCGUCCUACACCAUCGGCAGCCGCACCAGAUAUCGCUCUGUGGACGCUGUGCCAGCACCAAACAGAUACAGCCUUCCUAACCUGCUGGGCUGUCAGGUUCCCCAUAAACCAUCCAGCGCCAGCUUUAGCUUCUCAGGCCGCAGGAAGAUCGGAGCUCCAUCAGAGGACCUCUCUAUGAGCCCUGGACCAGCGAAAUACAACAGCAUCCAUCCAGAUGUCUACCGCCAGCGUCAGCCCUCCUUCUCCAUGCAGAGCCGCACAAAAAGGCCUAAUAAUGCGUCUGAUAUCCCCGGGCCCAGCACCUACAGCCCAGAAAAAUCUUACGUGCACCUCCCCAAACCUCCGUCCUGCACUAUGGGCAUCAGACACUCUGAGUUUGUCACGCCACUCGUGGUGCACGUAGUGGACUGAAAGGACAAACUAGUUCGAUACAAAUGCUUU